GCCCUCUGGGAAGUGGAGUCUUUCCGCCAGGACCCCCGCGACCCGGCGCGCUCGCCGCCAAGUGCGCAGAUGCGACUGCAGGCGAGCCUCGGGCUCGAGCCUUUUGUGUCCCCGCGCGCCGUGGGCCGGCACGCGGCCCUGCCCGCUCCUCCCGCGCCGCGUCCCCGCCGCCCGCCGCCCGCGGACCCCGCCGCGCCGCACACGCCCAGGGAGCUUCAGAGCAGAGUCCUUGGCCUGCAGAAAGUGCGGGUUGUGUAGCGCUGGAAGUCUGCGCUCAUCUCUGAAGCAGUGGCUACGGAGGAAGGCCUGCCAGUUACAGCACAAAGAGCAGAAGCCGAGCAUGGAUGCCGUGGCCGUCCAAGUGGAAGAAGAAGCUGUGACCACUGAAGAUGCUUCUCUACUCCAACAACAAAGCACAGAAGAAAUGGAACCUACUGUUGAGCUGCUUCCUGUCGAGUUCCAGGAGUUGAUGACAGUCAAAGAUGAAGAAAUGGACUUCACCCAAGAGGAGGUAGAAGAGCUGAAUUCUGCCCACAAGUACAUCGGCAUGGAUAUGAAGGUGGAGCACUGUGGGAGCCUUGUGUUUUGGGAUUCUGAAUCCAUGCCUGCAACUGAAGAAUUCCUUUUAAAGCAGGAAGAUUAUGAACGAUCACCUGAAAGAGAGCUGAUACUGGAAAGACUGCAAAAGGGUGAUGCUUGGAGCUCUAGGUUGAUAGGAACCUGGGAAUGUGAAGGCCCGCUAGGAAGGCAGCAGGGAAACCAGAAGAGAGACUCAAGGCGUGUCACAGUCAAACACAGGAAAAAGCCUACGGGUUGUUAUGAACCUGGGGAAAGUUCAAACCCCAUCAGACGUCGGAAGAUGCACCCUGGGAAAAAGCCGUGGGAGUGCACCGCGUGUGGCAGGUGCUUCAGUUACUACUCCGCCUUUGUCCUCCAUCAGAGAACCCACACUGGCGAGAAGCCCUAUGCGUGUAGCCAGUGCGGCAAGGCCUUCAUUCGGAGUUCUUCGCUCCUUCAGCACCAGAGAAUCCACACUGGAGAGAAGCCCUACGAGUGCAAUGUGUGCGGGAAAGCUUUCUGUCACCGUUCGGCCCUGCUUCAGCAUCGCACCACUCACACUGGAGAGAAGCCCUACGCGUGCAAGGAGUGUGGGAAGGCCUUCAACCAAAGCACGUAUCUCAUUCAGCAUCACCGCACACACACUGGGGAGAAACCCUACAGAUGCAAGGAUUGUGAGAAAGCUUUCAGCGAUACCUCAUCCCUCAUGAAACACCAGAGGGUGCAUCCUGGAGAAAAUCCCUACAGCUGCAAAGAGUGUGGGAAAGCCUUUAGUGAUCGGUCAGGCCUGACUCAGCAUCGGAGAAGCCACACGGGGGAAAAGCCGUACGAGUGCAGUGAAUGUGGGAAAGCCUUCAGCUACUGCUCAGCUCUUAUUCAGCAUCAAGGGACUCACACUGGGGAGAAGCCUUACAAAUGUAAUGACUGCGAGAAAGCCUUCAGUGACCGCUCAGCCCUUGUAAGACAUCAGAGGAUUCACACUGGAGAGAGACCUUACAAAUGCAGAGAGUGUGAGAAGGCCUUCAGCCAGAGCUCAUCCCUUACAAAGCAUCUGAGGACUCACACUGGCGAGAAACCCUAUAAAUGCCAUGAUUGCGACAGAGCCUUCAGCCAGAGCUCAUCUCUUAUUCAACACCAGAAAAUUCACACAGGACAAAAAGCCUACAGAAGUAAGAAGAAGGGUGAGAAAACCUGUGUGUUCAGCCUUGCAUCGACAUAAAGAGAUUCAUGAUGAAUAGAAUGCAGUACAUUUACAAAUAAUUAUUCUCCCCUGAUUGUGUAGAUCUGUUCUAAAUACUGUAGACCAUAUUCCAAAACCAUAAAGAAACCGUGCCACUCACAAAAUAGCCUUCUUCCUUGAAAUGUUACUGUGUAUGGAAGAGGGCAGCAAGAGGUAAAUGUCGCUAUCUGUGGGCUUUUUUUUUAAAGAUUUAUUUAUUUUAUUUGAAAGGCAGAGUACAGAGAGGCAGAGAGAGAGAGAGAGAGAGAGAGAGAGGUCUUCCAUCUGCUGGUUCACUCCCCAAAUGGCCACAAGGACUGGAGCUGUGUUGAUCCCAAGCCGGGAGCCAGGAGCUUCCUCCUGAUCUCCCAUGCGACUACAGGGGCCAAAGGACUUGGGCCAUCUUCUGCUGCUUUCCCAGGCACAUUAUCAGGGAACUGGAUGGGAAGUGGAGCAGCUGGGACUCAAACCAGCACCCAUUUGGGAUGCCUGCACUGCAGGCGGUGGCUUUACCCACUACACAACAACACUGGCCCCUAUAUGUGGCUUUUAUUUUUUAUUUUUAAAGAUUUAUAUAUUUAUUUGAAAGAGCUACACAGAGAGAGAAACAGAGGCAGAGAGAGAGAGAGAGAGAGGUCUUCCAUCCACUGGUUCAUUCCCCAAAUGGCCACAACAGCCGGAGCUGGGCUAGGCCAAAGCCAGGAGCUUCUACCAGGUCUCCCACAUGAGUGCAGGACCCAAGGACUUGGGCCAUCUUCUGCUGCUUUUCCAGGCCAUAGCAGAGAGCUGGACGGGAAGUGGGACAGCCAAGACUCGAACUGGUGCCCAUAUGGGAUGCCAACACUGCAAGCAGCGCCUUUACCCGCUAUGCCACGGCACCAGCCCCAACAGUAUCUUCUUUUUUUUUUUUUUUUUUUUUUUUAAGAAGAAAGAGGUAUUUAUUUGAAAGUAAAAGUUAGAGAGGAAAAGACAGAGAGCAAGCAAUCUUGCAUCUGCUGGUUCACUCUCCAGAUGGCUGCAAUGGCCAGGGCUGGGCCAGGCCAGAGCCAGCAGCCAGGAGCUUCAUCCAGGGGACCACAUGUUUUUCAGGGGUCCAAGCACUGGGACCAUCUUCACUGCAUUUGCUGGGUCAUUAAGAGGGAACUGAAUAAGAAGUGGGGCAGUUGGGAUACAAACCAGCACCCCUAUGGGGAUGCUGGUGUCCCAGGUGGGUGCUUAACCCACUAUGCCAUAACGCCAGCCCCAGUGGUAUCUUUUUGACCUGAUUUUUGAUCCCUUUUCUUGGCCCUUUCUUAUUAACCUCACGAUCAACCUAAUACUAAUUUCUUCUGUGGCCCUAACUGACUCUGGCUAAUGUGCUCUUUUUAAGCCUGGCUGCAACUCUCUCAGCUGCUUUUGUGUGCUGGGAUAAUACAUUGUGCUUGCUUACCUAUGGCUUCUUGGUAGCAAAAGUUAACAAUAAUGAAGAAGCUUAGACGAGGACCUACAAGUGAGAAGUGGCAUUCUGUCACUCAAACUCAUGUGAUCAUUUAUCCUUGAUCAAUUCAUCACACUUAAUUUAGGUCCUAAGAAUUUAGAUUCUUUCCUUUUUUUUUUUUAAAGAUUUAUUUUAUUUAUUUGAAAGAGUCACAGAAAGAGGUAGAGACAGAGAGAGAGAGGUCUUCCAUUCACUGGUUCACUCCCCAGAUGGCCACAAUGGCUGGAGCUUUGUUGAUCUGUAGCCAGGAGCCAGGAGCUUCUUCCGGGUCUCCUAUGUGAGUGCAGGGGCCCAAGGACUUGGCCAUCUUCUGCUGCUUUCCCAGGCCAUAGCAGAGAGCUGGAUCGGAAGAGGAGCAGCCUGGACUAGAACUGGUGCCCAUAUGGGAUGCUGACGCUUCAAGCCAGGGCUUUAACCCGCUGUGCCACAGCGCCGGCCCCAGCUUCUUUCCUUUAUACUUGUACAGCCAUCAGCUGGGGAGGUUUCCUUCCUCCAACUGGCUCUAGAAUGGUGUAAUUCCACUAUUGUUCCUUUAUUUCCUUUAUGAAUGUUCUCCCAAAUAACCGUGUAGGCCUUUUUAUACAUUUAUGUCACAUUACAAUGGGAAAAUAGGAGGUGUAGUUUUUUUGUGUUUGAGAGGCAGAGAGAACUCCCAUAGUGAGUGGUUCACUCCCCAGCAAUGGUGGAAGCUGAUGAGAGACUGAAGCUAGGAGUAAAGCAAAAAGCAAAGUAAAACUGGUUGUCUGCUAGUGAGUGAAGGUUACAGUCACCUUUCUCUGAAGAGCCACAGGAUGUUAUUGAAGAAUGGCAGGCAAUUACAUUUAAGAUGAUCAACUAUAAUAUAUAUUCCCUAUCAGAUAGGCUUGUAUGAGUCAUUGUUAUCUGCUGUUGAAAGAACAUUGCCACGUGGGCAGGCAGAUUUUUAUGUGACCUGUGUUGGCAAAAAAAAAAAAAACUUAUCCAGAAGAAACAGAAAGUUAUAAUGCAAUAGUAUUGAAAAAAAAAAAAAAGAAAGAAAAGAAAAGAAAGCAUUUCUUUAAGAGCUCUGUCAGGAAUCCUGGUCUCUUUUUAUUUUUUAAAAAUUUUAUUUAUUGGCCGGCGCCGCGGCUCACUAGGCUAAUCCUCCGCCUAGCGGCGCCGGCACACCGGGUUCUAGUCCCGGUCGGGGCGCCGGAUUCUGUCCCGGUUGCCCCUCUUCCAGGCCAGCCCUCUGCUGUGGCCAGGGAGUGCAGUGGAGGAUGGCCCAGGUGCUUGGGCCCUGCACCCCAUGGGAGACCAGGAUAAGUACCUGGCUCCUGCCAUCGGA